AUGACCGAGAGGAGACCCAAGAAGGCCGCCCAGGAGCCCAGAAAAGAGACCCGGAAGUCACUCUCAAGCCCAGAGGAAGACCAGGAAAUUUUGCCCAUGAGUCGCCGGAGGAGGACGACCCAGGAAAGAACCCAGGAAGUCACCCUCAGAGCCCGAGAAGGAGCCCUAGGAGAGUCAACCCCGGAGCCCAAGAGGGAAGAGACCAAGAAUCACCCUGAGCCGAGAAGGAAAAACCCAGGAAGUCACCCUCGAGACGAGAAGGAGACCCAGAGAAGUGUCAUCUCGAGCCGAGAAAGAGACCCAGGAAAGUCACUCUCGAGCCCGAAGCGAGAAAGGAUUACCCAGGGAAAAGCGCUGAGAAGGAGAGGGCCGGAGAAGUUCGUGCGAGAGAGCCUGAAAAGGAGACCAGAAGUCGCCGAAGAGUGCUGGAGAGAGGGAAGAACCAGGAGAAAGAUCAGCCGCUCGAGCCCACGAGAAGGAGAUCCAGAAGUCACCACGAGACGAGAGAAUAGGGAGACCCAGAGAGUCACCCUCAAAGACCGCGAGAAGGAGACCAGGAAGAGAAGUCGCCCGGAGGAGCGGACAAGGAGACCUCAGAAGUCUCCAGGAGGCCCGAAAAGGAGACACAGGAAGUCGCUGAAGCAGCCGAGAAAGGAGACCCGUAAGCACCCUCGACCCCGAGGAGGACCCAGGAAGUCGCCCUUGAGCCGAGAAGACCCAGUGGGAGAGUCGGCCAAGCGAGCCAGAAGGAACCCAGGAAGGCGCCCCAGGGAGCCCGAGAAAGAGACCCAGGAAGUCACUCUCAAGCCCAAGAAGACCCAGGAAUUUGCCCAUGAGCCCCAGAAGGAGACCCAGAAGUCGGCGCGCAGGGGGGAGCACCAGAAAGAAGGAGCGCUAGGAAAGUCGCCCGAGGGAGCCCGCAGAAGUGAGACCCAGGGAGUCACACAGGAGCUCGCAGAAAUAGACCCAGGAAGUCGCACGUAG